AUGCCAGCUGCCGCUGCUGCUGCUGCUACAGAAAACAACCAGCAAUCAAAUGCCUACGUCACAUUCACUCAUAAAAAUACUGAGUAUAGACUCAGAUUGGUUUACUGGAAUGCCCUUAUCCAAUACUCUUACUUCCAUGCCCUAGAAAAUGCUCGACCAAAAAUCCUCCAUAACCCAGAAUUCCUCACCGCCCUAGUCACAGACUAUUACGCUCCUGGAUCUUAUACAAAAUAUAACAACUACCUUGAUAAUUAUACAGAUCUUUUAAAUGGGAACCCUCCACAAAUUGCCAUCAAUGAUCUCCUUCCAAACCCGGAUUUUGACUUUGCAACAGCUAUACUCUCUCUUCAACACUGGUACCAUUGCAAACUACUCCCUCAAGUAGCUUCCAUCCUUCAAACUCUUGGUAUCUCUCUCGAAUCUUUAAAAACUUUUGAACAUCAUCGUGAUCUAGAACUUGCAAUUCGCCAUGGUCGCUUUUCACAGCCUACUUCCACUUCCUCUUCUACUUCUACUUCACAAGAAACUUUCUUUUUUGAAAACCCAAAUGCACUCCUCACAAACAAAUCAGCCUUGGCCGCAUUACUCCCAGAAUAUAGACGCGUCCUUAAAUUUCUUUUUGCACCAUCUCCACCAGACUACCUCCCUCGUCUCUCCUUUGACGACGAUGCUCUCCCAGUCUUACAAGCCCUCGGCUCGCUUCCUAGAUCAGCUUACCUGGCUGCCACCUCUGAUUGCACUGCUUCGCUUGUCCGUGCCAUUCAAUCACUUCUCCCAUCCCAUGAUUCUUCAGGCAUUUUUUCCGAUCUUGUACAUUAUGACCCAGACUUAAAUAAUCAUUCCCUCGCUUGGUUUCUCGACACUCUCGACGAUGCUAUGACUGCUGUUGCAUGGAAUUAUCCACUACCACGUGACUACUUUUAUCUCAUAGAUGCAGGCCUACUAGACCACCCUAAAACUGGCACACCGGUUUGUGACCCCCUACGUUCCACAGCGUUGGAAACUUACACAUUUCAUCGAGAGUUAUUGGUCAAAGAUUUCCAGCUUUCUGUGGCAUAUAAACUUUUACAAUCUGACCAAGCAAUUGAUGAAGGAAAAGAAAUUGAUCCGGAUAACGAGAACAACCAAAAUGAGUCAGAAUUUGAAGCGUUUUAUAAGAAAAUAUUUUAUGUCUUUGACAGAGACCCAAGACUAAGAACAACACGUGCAAGAAAUCGAGUCCGAGAAUUAGUAUGGUCAGGUAAUUAUCGAAAUGAAUCUGAACGGAGUGUUGCCGAGCAAUUAGUAGAAGCAGAGCUUAGGGCAAUUGAUGAGAAUAAAGAAAACAAUGUUAUUGAAGAAGAAGAAGAAGAAGAAGAAGAAGAAGUGAUUAAUUAUGAUAGCAUCAAACAAGAUACCAAUGAAAAUGACCAAUCUGAGCAAGAAGAAGAAAAUGAGGAAGACCAAGACGAAGAUGAAGAUGAAGAUGAAGAUGACAGUGGCUGGGAAGACGAAAGUUUUUCUCCAGAAUCUUUAAGCAGCUCUCCAGGAAAAUCGUCCGGUUCGGUUAUUCCAAUCCUUGCAUCCAUUUUGCCACCAGUUUCUCCAAGACUUUUAGCAUCACGCCAACUGCAACAUCAUCAAAUGCAACAGCAACAGCAACAGCAACAGCAACAGCAACAGCAACAGCAACAGCAACAGCAACAGCAACAGCAACAACUUCCGUUUCAAACAACCACACGGAAAAAACGCGUUUCUUCGUUGAUUGCGCGUUUUGAAAAACCUUAA